GGAUUGAUUGUGCAUGAUAUCUCCUUUUUAUUUUACACUCUCAAACUCUGUCACUUUGCUUGCUGAUGCAACAUUUUCAUUUCCACUGCAAACAAAUCGAGAUUCUUCGCCGCAAUUUAAUUCCACAAUUCAAUGCCAUUAAUUCUCUCAUAAUCUCCUGAAAAUUUCAACAUACAGAAUCAUCACUUCCAACCUUCAAAGGUUUUCAAAGUUCAAAAGCUACUUAUUUUAUAUAUUAAAAAAGCUUUCAAAGUUCAAAGGCACAAUGGUAGCUAAAAUCAAGCAAAAUGUUAGUGACUCUCAUAAUUCAACAAAACCAGUGGUCGGAGAGAUUGAUACUAAUUCGCCGAUUCAGUCUGUUAAAGAUGCGGUUUCUCUCUUUGGUGAAGUUGCUUCCUCUGCUGAAAAUCCUACCAUUAAGAAGUCAAAAUCAAAACCUUAUUCUGUUGAGAGUGUUUGGGCAAAGGAGGCACAACUUCACUUAGCACAGGUAGAGCUGAACAAAUUAAUGGCGCAGCUGAAAAAUGCGGAAACUACCAAGGCUCAACUCCUAGCUGAGCUUGAAAAAUCUAAAACAACAGUUACAGAUCUGAAACAAAAACUUAAAGUUAUCCGUGAAUCUAGAGAGUUAGCAAUUCAGGAAACAAAAGCUUUAAAAUGUCAAGCGAAACAGCUAAAAGAAAAAAAACUCGGCAAUCUUAAUGUGACCAAUUGUACUUCGAAAGAAGAGUCAGAGUCUGCAGUUCAAAGGUAUAAAUCUAUCAUUGCAGAACUUGAUCUCGCAAAGCAAGAACUUAGGAAGAUUCGCCAGGAGUGUAAGGAAUCGAUGGAAGUGAAAGUUUCUGCCUUCAAGCGAGCAGAAGAAGCUAAAGAUGCAAUGGCAGCAUACACAGAUCGAGCGUAUGAGCUUUCGAAAGAAAUUUUAGCUGUACAAGAAUCAAUUCAGCAAUUGAAGCUUUCAUCUGUCGAAGCCAAUCAACAGAAAGAAGAGAUAUUAGUUGAGAAAAAUGUUCUGAGCCAAUCAUAUAAAGCCACCCUUGAAGAAUCAAAAAAGAAAUUGCUCGCUUUAAAGAAGGAUUUUGGUCCGGGACUCGCCGAAAAUCUUGAAUUGAAGUUUAAUGAGACAAUGAACGAAAUAUCGGCUCUUCAAAAGGAAAUAGAAAAUAAAAAGAAAUCAGACAUUGAAUCGCUGAAAAGUGUCACUUUUGUGCUUGAUGAUGCUAAGCAAUCAUUGCAGAAAAUAUCAGAAGAGGAAAACUCUAUUAGAAGCUUCGUGGAAGCUCUUAGGGUGGAAUUGGAGAAUGUAAAAAGAGAGCACUCAGUAUUGAAGAAGAAAGAAUGUGAAACUGAAUCCAUUGUUAGGAAUCUGCGUGGCGAGCUUCAUAAAGGCGAGUUGGAGCUUGAAGUCUACUUGGCAGAAGAAUCUAAAGUUAGGGGUUCAUCUAAGAAAAUGAUUGGGAUGCUGAACCAGAUGUCCAGUGAAACUGAAAAUGCACGGCGGGAGGCUGAAGAUAUGAAGAUCAAGGCAAUAGAAUUGAAAGUGGAAGCUGAAGUCACCAAACGUGCAUUAGAAGAUGCAGAAAUGGAGCUUAAAGUAGCAUUAGAAGAAGCAGAAGCGGCGAAAGCAGAAGAGGCGAGUAUACUUGAUCAAAUUAGAGACUUGUCUGAAAAGACAAAUGCUGAUCACGCCUCAACGUCUGAAUCUGGUGCGAGAAUCACAAUCUCUUGGGAGGAAUUCGAGUGCUUAAACCGCAUGAUUGAGGAGUGUGAUAGACUAGCGAGCGUAAAAGUGGCUGCUGCGACAGCGCAUAUUGAAGCUGCGAAGGUUAGUGAAAAUGAGGCUUUCAAAAAGUUAGAGGUAACACAGAAGGAAAUCGAGGAGAUAAAGAAAGCAACACAUGAGGCCUUGAAACAGGCCGAGAUUGCUGGAAGAGCAAAAAUGGCUGUGGAGACUGAGCUUAAAAGAUUGCGCGAGAGACGGCAUAAGAAAGCAGCAGAAACUGCAGCUCGAGUAUUGGCCGAAAAACAAAUGUCAUCGCCGUCUUCAUCAUCAUCACAGCGUUACAGGUUUCAACAACAGAAUUCAUUUCGGAAAAACAUGGAGGUGAAAAAGUUGGAAAAAGGGAAGUUUUCGGUUUCAAAGAAAGUUCUAUCGCAAAAUAUUAGUGGCAUCUUUCACAGGAAAAAGAGCAUGCAGGUUGAGAAAGGAUUUCCUUCUUACCUUCCAGGUGAGAAUCCUUUGUGAAAUUUGUUCUAGUUUUGUGCAGCUCUUGAAUGUGAGAGAAACAUAUUGAUUUAUAUGGUUGUUGAGGGAAAACUAUUUUGUUUUAGAUUAUUGUACAUUGCUAUUUUAUUUUGUUGCUGAUAUUGAGGUUUCAUGUUUUGCAGUAUGAUAAACUUUUUUCAAUAAGCAUUAUGAACUAUGAUAAGCAUUUGGAAAAUUGUACCAAUUAUUUCAUUUUUUUUUUGAGGCA